GUAGGAGCGCAGCACAUGAAAGUCAGACGAGAUCAGUCAAGACGGAUGUUUAGGAGAAAAAGGCUCUGAAACAGUUGUUUCGCCAUUUUAUGUAAGCCAUUUUAUGUUAUCGAUUGGAUAUUACUACAGAAGUUUAUACCACAGUAAUAAAUUUCAAUAGCGCGUUUGCAAACAGACGUUGAAGGAACAACGAUUAAAAGAAACUCGAGUUUACUGAUUGAUUCUACAAUAUCGCCCACUCAUUUCCUUCAAGAUAUCAAAGCAUGUCGGAAUCCUCUGAGUACAAACUAGCACAAACUAUCAUUUGGAGCAAUCAAAAAUAUUUACUGAAAAAAUUCGUAAAAAGUUUCAAUCUUCCUCAAGUCGUCUUAGUAAAGGAUGGGUACUGUGGCGAUGACGAAAGAACGACAUUUAGCAAAGAUCAAAUUUUGACACUACAUCAACUUCGGGAAACGCAUAAAAUUGUUUGUCAAACAUCACAAGGAAAAUUUAUACUUUUGCCGUCAAAAUGUGAAGUCAAAGCACAAGUGUUGUCAAAGAAUUUCAACGAUGUAAACAUGACAACAAAGCAGUUAAUUGAAUUUUACAAAAGCAUAAAAUAUGUACGAGUGUUGGAAAUUGGUGCAAAUUGGAGCGAUGAUCCGAAGUAUUCAUUUCAAGAGAACGAUACACUUGAAAUAAAGAAAAUCGAUCCGAAUUCAGCAGGAUUACGAUGUAAAAAUUUAUCAACCAAUCGUGAUUCGCAUAUACCAUCACAUGACUUAGCUAAAUUUGUCCCUCUACAAGACCCAAACCUUUACUCUUUAUCGAAGAUUAAAGCAAAGUAUGGUUUCCCAGCUGCGAUAUGGUUCAAAGAAAAUGUUAACAACAAUGUAACUCUUUCCUUACCUGAUGCAAGCCAUUCCACAAGAAAUUUAUGUAGUUUGGGUCAACUGACAGUUGUUGAAGAAAUCCAAGAAAACGAUGUAAUUGUGACGACAGUUUGUUCGAGCCUAGAAGAGAAGAUUUGUCUCAAUGUUCCAAUUGAGCUCAACAUCAAUGUUACAGUUGCUGAAGGAUUUCUGAAAGGCAGUACAACAUACGCAACGGUCGUUAAAACUUUGGACAAACAGCUAAAGAAGACUGAUCUCAAAGCAUUUGAAGACCUGGACGUUUAUCAACAUAUGCAUGCUGUCAAGAAACAGAUAAAAGACUGGGAUGAAAAGUAUUGCAUCAGAGAAGCGUCUUUGAAAAUCACCGAACGCGCCCGUCAACAAUUGCAACAGCAUGAAAGAACAAAGACUGAUAAAGCACCAAAAUUUCAACCUUCAUCAAUGUCAGGAGAUAUGCCUCCACCAAAUGUUCCGCAAAGGAAAAGAAAAAUAAAAUCCAAAAAAUCGGAUGAUUUACAGCAAGACACAGUAGGAGUUUACACGACAGAGAGAGAAAAGUCACCGACCUUACAGGAUGUGGACAUUUAUACUUCCUUAGAUCCAAAUUAUUGCUCGACAAUCCAAAAUAAUUAUGAACCUCUCCAGACAAUCGGUGAAUCUUCAACGAAAAUGAAAGAAGUACAAAAAGCAAAUCCUGAAGAAUCAAACUCGGAUGAUAGACAUUACGCUGUCUUAGAGAAUGAUUCGACCGAAGAUAAGCAUUCAUACGAUUAUAUUGAACACGAAAAACUCUGCAAGGCAAGCCACCAAUCUUCAAUAAACAUGGAAGGACAGAAAUCAAAUUUUGGAAAAGAAACACAAUCAGAUGAUAGAGAUUACGCUGUCUUAGAAAAAGAUUUCACUGAAGAUAAACAUUCAUACGAUUAUAUUGGACAAGAAGAAUUCCGCAAGUCUAAUACUCAACCAAAAGUGCCGAAAAAACCAAAGAAAUGGAAGAACAAGCGAAAAACAACACAAACGGAUGAAGCAUGCAACAAUCAGGGAAAUUUAUCGAGACCAGAAAAAUCAGAUGAUUUACGAAAAGGAAAUAGCGAUAAAGCUGAUAUCCAAAAUAUCCCUUUACCACCUCUGCCAUUAAAAUUGCCCAAUUUAUCAACAAAAAGAACACCAAAUGUCCCAAAAGAAGAUGACAAAGAAGUUGUGUACGAGGCUGUAACAUCCACAAACAUCCUACUAACUUCCCCUUCCGCAGUAAAUCUGUUAUCCACCAACAUCCCACCAAAUGCCCCAAAAGAUGAUGACAAAGAAGUCGUGUACGAGGCUGUAUCAUCCACAGACAUCCUACCAACUUCCCCAAACGAAAAUGAUAGAGAAGCAAUAUACGAGGCGAUAUCACGAUAUCCUCGAGAUCUGUCCAGUUUAAGCGUGACAGACGUCAGUCGAUUAAUGACAUACUUAGGAUUGAAAGAUUACGUUGAAACAUUUGAAAACGAGUUGAUCGAUGGAUCGAUGUUGAUAACCAUGGAUAAGGAAUCUUUGGAGUUUCUAAACGUCAAAACCUUUCAUUGUAAAAAGUUGUUGCGUUUUAUUGGUGGCUGGCGUCCUAAUGUAGGUAAAUAAAUAAGAAAGUUCUUUGAAAUAGUUAUGUAAGUUAAUGGUAAAACUCAUUUUGCCAUAUAAUUAUUGAAGCAA